CUAAACCCUAGUCCCCCGAGGUAUAAAAUGCUAAUACUAACAUAAGUUGAAUUCUCUACCUGCAAUUCUCGACUAGGUUUUUUUUCAGAGUUGUGAAGCAGCGAAAGCCAAUUUCCGCAGCCAUGUCGAAGAGAAAGACCAGGGAGCCAAAGGAAGAUAAUGUCACUCUUGGACCUGCCACUAGAGAUGGGGAGCUUGUUUUUGGCGUGGCCCACAUCUUUGCUUCUUUCAAUGAUACAUUCAUUCAUGUGACUGAUUUGUCUGGGAGAGAAACCAUGGUUCGUAUAACAGGUGGUAUGAAGGUGAAGGCUGACAGGGAUGAAUCAUCUCCCUAUGCAGCUAUGCUUGCUGCACAAGAUAUUUCUCAGAGAUGCAAGGAACUUGGCAUCAACGCCCUUCACAUUAAGCUUCGUGCUACUGGUGGCAACAAAACUAAAACUCCUGGUCCUGGUGCUCAGUCUGCGCUCAGAGCUCUUGCCCGCUCUGGCAUGAAGAUUGGCCGUAUAGAGGAUGUGACUCCAAUUCCAACUGACAGCACUCGCAGAAAGGGUGGUAGAAGGGGAAGAAGGCUGUAAUUUUUGUCAUUUUGGUCAUUCUACCGCAGUUGUCUGCGGUUCAUUUUUAUGGAGUUCCUUAUUUCUACCCAGUGUUUGAAAAUUGUAUAGUUCUACCAAAAACCAUUGAUGUUUUCACUCUGCGACAUCGACCAAUUAUGAAAUACUACUACUAGUAUUUUUGCUCGAACUA